GCUUGACUGUACUCACUCCCCAGACUGGCCGAUUGAUUAAAUCGUCACUCUUUCUACACAACGUAGCGUAGUUGGACCUCCCGGUUGUAAUUCGCCGGUGUUAUUACAAGUCUUGUAUUUGAAUCGACGGAAUCCGAUGGGAACGCGCGGCUGUGAAACGCUUGUUUUCCACUUCUCAGCGAUCAACAUAAUGGCUGCUGUUUUCUUUCUUUGUCUUCACUGCGUCACCGCCUCAGUGUUGGAAUCUGCUUCUCGCAAAGAAAUACCCGUGAAGUAUCCACAUCUCACCGGCUGCGUGUCCACCAAUAUGGAGACCUUCCACUGCAGAUGGGAUGUUGGGACCUUGCAGAACAUCUCCAAGCCACAAGAUGUGCGCUUAUUCUACAUAACCAAAACACCCCUGCAGGCAUCUCCGAAAGAGUGGAACGAGUGUCCGCAUUACUCCACGGAGAGGUCAAACGAGUGUUUCUUCAGUGAAAACCACACAUCGGUCUGGAUAGAUUACAGCGUUCAGCUGCGCUCAAGAGAUCAAAGCAUCCUCUAUGACGAGGAGCACUUCAAUGUUCAGGACAUUGUGCAACCCGAUCCGCCUCUCGGCGUGAACUGGACAAUGCUGAACGUGAGUUUGACCGGUAACUUCUAUGACAUCAUGCUCAGUUGGAAGCCACCUCCAUCUGCGGACGUGGAGAUGGGAUGGAUGACGUUGCAGUAUGAGGUCCAACACCGCAAAGUAGAUUCUGAACACUGGGAUACGGCCGAGCUUGUAAAAAGCACACAUUGUUCCCUGUACGGGCUUCAAAGUGAUGUCCAUUAUGAAGUUCGGGUCCGCUGCAAAAAGCACGGCGACAAGAAGUUUGGUGGCUUCAGCGACUCGAUAUUUGUCCAUGUUUCAUCUGAAGCAUCAAGAUUUCCUUUGUUGACUUUACUCAUCUUUGGCACCUUGUGUUUGGUAGCCAUCCUGAUGUUGGCCAUCAUAUCGCAGCAGGAAAAAUUGUUGGUCAUUCUUCUACCACCUGUUCCUGGACCUAAAAUAAGAGGAAUUGACCCUGAACUACUCAAGAAAGGGAAGCUAAAGGAGUUGACAUCCAUUCUGGGCUCCCCCCCUGAUCUGAGGCCAGAGCUGUACACCAACGACGCCUGGGUGGAAUUCAUCGAUCUGGACUUUGAGGAGCAGAGCGACAGACUAACGAACCUGGACACUGAUUUUCUCAUGAAUCGAUCUUUGUUCUCCAACUGCUCACAUCUUUCCAUGGGCUUCACGGAUGAUGACUCAGGCCGCGCGAGCUGCUGUGAUCCUGAUCUAGCCAGCGAUGCAGAAACAUCACACUUGCAUUCCCUAGUCACAAACCAAAUCCGCAAUAAGGAGCCGGUUACUGCUUCUCGACCGGGCUGCCCAAGCCCAAACGCCACAGCAGGUGAGCCUCCUUUGGAAGUCCCUGCCAGAGAGGCAUUGUACACGCAGGUAAGCGAGAUUAAGCCAUCUGGCAAGGUGCUGCUGUCCCCCGAGGAUGAGAUGCAGAACAACGCAGUCACAGAUGCCAAAGAAAUCCAAACAGCAGGGAAAAAGGAGGACAAGAACAAUCCGGAGCCCCAUGUAACCUACACCUCAGAGCUCAAUGCAGGAAAAAUGAGCCCAUCUUUGCCUGCGUGCAAUUUUAAUGACUUAUGUUCAACGGGUGAAGACUUGAGUUCGUCAUCAGAGGGUGUCGAGGGGCAAAACAGCCUCAUACGAACAUCAAAUUCAAUACCUGCCUCGCAGCAGACAGCCUCAAAGGCCAUAACAACACCAGAUGGCUACCUGACCCCUGACCUUUUGGGAAGUAUUACACCAUGAACGUGCAAAGACGUUUCUAAAGUUAAAAUGAUUCUGUCAGCGGUCAGGACAAACUCCUAAAAAAAGUCUUGAUGAUUUAUGACUGGGAGUAGUAUGUGUCAGUGUUGAAUGUCAGUUCACCAAAAAUAGAGAGGGAUGC